CGUCAGUCAUUCCUUCCUCGUAUUUGCAAUUCGUCGGCCAGCAUCACUGCCAGGGAUUCUUUCUCUUGUCGUCAUCGUCGUCUGGCACUCGAGGACUCUUCUCGCAUCUCGUUCCUAGGUAAGUCCUGAGCCAGCGGAAGAGGCAAUAAAGCAGGAAGAGGAAGACUGUCAGCUUUAAAACUUCAUCGCAUCUUCGAGGACCGUUGCUUCUUCGUUCGGGAAUAUGAGGGCCAUUUACUUGCUCCUCCUCGGCGUUGUUGCCAUAAAUGCCCAGCGUCGUUUAGCCUUACCUGACCCGCGAAGUUGCGCGAACCGCGUCCGUCACUCGUCGUACAGGGAUGGUAGGGGAGUUGUACACUCGUACUUCUUCAGCUGGGAACAUCUACCAACUAGGAGUCUCGAGGUGGACUGGUUGGAUGCUCGCAACAUCUGUCGUCGUCAUUGUAUGGACGCCGUGUCCCUGGAGACUCCUCAGGAGAAUGAAUUUGUCAAGCAAAGACUAGCAAGAGGAAAUGUAAGAUAUAUUUGGACAUCCGGCCGUAAGUGCAACUUCAAUGGUUGCGAUCGACCUGAUCUUCAACCCCAGAACAUUAAUGGGUGGUUCUGGUCUGGAUCUGGUGCCAAGAUUGGUCCAACGACACAACGUAAUUCCGGAGACUGGAGCAACACAGGAGGAUAUGGUCAACCGCAACCAGACAACCGUGAAGCUGCACAGGGUAACGACGAAUCCUGCCUGUCCAUCUUGAACAACUUCUACAAUGAUGGCAUCAAGUGGCACGAUGUGGCCUGCCAUCACGUGAAGCCCUUCGUAUGCGAGGACAGCGAUGAGCUUCUCAACUUUGUCGCAUCCCGAAAUCCAGGAAUCCGUCUAUAAAAGGAUCCGAUGAACGGACUCGGGCGAGCGGACCAUCACAUCGUACAUCAAAGUACGAUAAUUUUGAACACGACGAUAUUUCACGCGUAUCGCGUAUUUUCCCUCUUCGUCGUACGUUUAUUAUUUAUAAUUUACACUAACCGAUACUAUCUCUCUUUAACGAGCCGCGAUUGUAGUGCUACGCAAUUCACCAUAAAAAAAUUGAUUGGUAGCUCGAAGUAGGCGGUAAAUGCAUUUUUAGUGUUAUAUACGCGUAAAUUUCUUGUAAUUUCCUUUUGCAUCCCUUUCGUACGUGAAUAAAUGCAUUUUCUCAUUUGUA